AUGACGGACGUGAAGAGUAGGAUACCUAUUUUAUCUGAUGAAAGAGGAAAAGGACUAGAUAGAGAACUUAGACGAUGUUAUAAUGGAAAUAUAAGGUAUAAUAUACAGACUAUCAGUAAACCUGCGGCACAUUUAGAAGGAGUGGUGGAAGAUAUUGUAGCUUUAACAAGUAAUUUCACUCUUAAUGAUUAUGUAAUUAUAAUUGCGGGAACCAAUAACUUUAGAGAAAAGCGUUAUCCAUCUGUAAAAUUUAUAUAUAAUAGGCUAAAAAGCAUAAAUACAAAUAUAAUAUUCACCACUGCUCCACGUAAUGCAAUGGAUUAUAAUGUUAAACAAUGUGUUAAUAAUUUUAAUAAUAUUCCAAAAAUUAAUAAGUAUUUACAAGGAAAAGUAGCAAUGGUGAAUAUUUUAGAAAAUAGAGGAGAAUUAGUGAGUAAGAAUAUUAUUUGUAAAAAAAUUAUUGCAGAAAUGGAAAAGGUGAAAAUUUAA